GCGAAUUGCAAAGACGUGGCACUAAGCCGAAUACAAAAUGCGCGAACCACAAACAUAAACCCAGACGACGCUGCUGCUUGCUGGGGGAAAAAAACCGGGAAAACCUUCUUCCAUUUCACUUUCCCGGUUCUGGUGAAAAGCGGAACAAAAAAUUGAAUUCGAAUUCGAAAAUUCAAACCUAAAAUCGAAUGCAGUAAUUUUUUUUUUUCGUUACUGAAAAUGAUGAAUGUAAUCUAUUACGGAAGCUAGGUUUUGGCGAUUAGCAAUUAGAUGGAGGAAGAGCAGGAUCGAAUUCUGCUCAACAGUUUGGGCGUUAAGUCGGCGAAUCCCGAAGACAUUGAACGCCACGUCUUAGAAAAGGCGACUGCUGUUCCCGAAGCUGAAGGGAGUGUGAAGGAAGAAGAUUCUAGUGUAUCUGGAAAUGUUGAUCCAUCAUCUGCUACUAAAGCAGAGCUUAAUCAGAAACUGAGGGCAGUGAGAUUUGAAAUAGAUGCAGUAGCGUCUACCAUUCAGCAAUUGAGAAGUGAUGAGAAUGAUGGAGAAUGUGGUGGUGUUGGCGAGGACAGCCAGGAGAAAGGAGUUGCUGAAGGUGGUUCCUCCAAUGAUUCAAACCUUCAGUGUGUUCUUGCUGCUGAUAGGCUACAGAGCCUGAAGAAAACAAAGGCUCAACUAGAGGAAAAGCUUUCGGAGUUCUGUAAGGAUGAUGUUUCCAAAAAUAGUGACCAGGAAAAAUUGAUAUUUGAUUUAGUUAAGCAAGAUAGAAGACCAAAGAAGAAACUAAAAAAAGAAGAUAAAAGGCCACAGAAAAGCUCGGGGAAGCGGCAAAGGAUAGUCUCCUUUAAUGAUGAUGCUGAUUUUGAUGCUGUUUUGGAUGCAGCCUCUGCAGGUUUUGUUGAAACAGAGAGAGAUGAGUUGGUGAGAAAAGGGGUUCUAACCCCUUUUCAUAAGUUGAAGGGCUUUGAGCGCCGAUUUCAACAAUCUGCAGCAUCAAGUAGCCAUAAUGCAUCUGAGCAAGAAAAUACUGGUGAUCUUGCUUCUGAAAGUGUUGAAAGGGCUGCUAGAUCAAUAUCCGAGGCAGCAAGAGCUCGCCCAACCACCAAGCUGCUUGAAUAUGAUGCCGUUCCAAAGCUUGAUGCCCCCACCUUUCCAUUUCAAAGGCUCAGGAAACCACUUAAAUUACGAGACAAAGAGGAAGAGGAGAAUAAAGAUUCCAAGAGGAAAAGGAGGCGGCCUUUGCCUGGCAGGAAAUGGACAAGGCGUGUUUCUUGUGAGGAUAUGCAACAUGGAGAUAGUGAAAAUGCAAAUGGUCACUUGGAUACUUCUAGUUGUGAAAGUUUGGAAGCUCAAGAUGUUGAACUUGCCGAUCAUGAAUCUUCUUAUAUAACAUUAGAAGGUGGACUAAAAAUCCCUGAUAACAUCUUUGAUGCACUGUUUGACUAUCAGAAGGUUGGUGUUCAAUGGCUGUGGGAAUUGCAUUGCCAAAGAGCUGGUGGAAUUAUUGGUGAUGAGAUGGGCCUUGGUAAAACUGUCCAGGUCUUAUCUUUUCUUGGUGCAUUGCAUUUUAGUGGCAUGUACAAGCCCAGCAUUAUUAUCUGUCCUGUUACACUUUUGAGACAGUGGAAAAGGGAAGCUAAAAAGUGGUACCCGAAAUUUCAUGUAGAGCUUUUACAUGAUUCUGUUCAGGAUUCUUCUCCUAGAAAGAAGCAAGCAAAUUCUGAUGAAUCGGACUAUGAGAGUGAUGUUUCAAACGACAGUGAUGAUGAAAGAAGUGUACCAUCUAGAAACACAAGAAAGUGGAAAUCCCUGAUAAAUCGUGUUUUGAGAUCAGAAUCUGGUUUACUUAUCACCACUUACGAGCAAAUCAGAAUAUUGGGGGACCAGUUGCUUGACAUUGAAUGGGGUUAUGCUGUUCUUGAUGAAGGACAUAGAAUAAGAAAUCCUAAUGCUGAAGUCACCCUUGUUUGUAAACAGCUACAAACUGUGCACCGCAUUAUAAUGACUGGUGCACCUAUUCAGAACAAGCUGUCAGAACUCUGGUCAUUGUUUGAUUUUGUUUUUCCUGGAAAAUUGGGUGUGUUGCCUGUAUUUGAAGCAGAAUUUGCAGUUCCUAUCGCCGUUGGUGGUUAUGCAAAUGCUUCACCAUUACAAGUAUCCACAGCAUACAGGUGUGCUGUGGUGCUGCGUGAUUUAAUCAUGCCUUAUCUUCUUCGACGCAUGAAGGCUGAUGUGAAUGCGCAGCUUCCAAAUAAAACUGAGCAUGUCCUAUUCUGCAGCCUCACAUCAGAGCAAAUAUCUGCUUAUAGAGCAUUUUUGGCAAGUUCGGAAGUGGAGCAAAUAUUGGAUGGACACAAGAAUUCUCUUUCUGGAAUUGAUGUGAUGCGCAAGAUAUGCAAUCACCCUGACCUACUUGAAAGAGAUCAUGCCUCAGGUAAUCCAGAUUAUGGAAAUCCAGAACGUAGUGGGAAAAUGAAGAUUGUAGCUCAAGUGCUCAAUGCUUGGAAGGAACAAGGUCACCGUGUUCUUCUUUUUACUCAAACCCAACAAAUGCUCGACAUUCUUGAGAAUUUUUUAUCUACUUCUGGUCAUAUGUAUCGGAGAAUGGAUGGUCUUACUCCCGUAAAACAGAGAAUGGCUUUAAUAGACGAAUUUAAUGCCUCAAAUGAUAUAUUUAUUUUUAUUCUAACAACCAGAGUUGGGGGUUUGGGGACAAAUCUUACUGGUGCAAACAGGGUGAUAAUCUUUGACCCUGAUUGGAAUCCUUCAAAUGAUAUGCAGGCCAGAGAGCGUGCUUGGCGUAUUGGUCAGAAACGGGAUGUAACAGUGUAUAGGUUGAUCACACGAGGAACUAUAGAGGAGAAAGUUUAUCACCGUCAGAUUUACAAACAUUUUCUUACCAAUAAAAUACUCAAGAACCCACAGCAGAAAAGGUUCUUUAAAGCCCGGGAUAUGAAAGAUCUUUUCACAUUGAAUGUGGAUGGAGAAACUGGGUCUACUGAAACAUCAAAUAUUUUCGGCCAAAUAUCUGAAGAAGUAAAUAUGGUUGGGACACACACAAACAACCAGGAGAAUAAUAAAUUUAGCAAGACUACUGAACCGGUUUCUGAAGAUGUUGCAGCUGAUAAUGAUGACCAAUCACAGAGCGGAUCUCCGAAUGGAAAGGGCAAAGGGAAAGCGGAACAUGGUGACGGGGUUGAUGAGGAAACAAAUAUAUUGAAGAGUCUUUUUGGUGCCAAUGGGAUACAUAGUGCCUUGAACCAUGAUAUGAUCAUGAAUGCCAAUGAUGAGGAGAAACUGAGGCUUCAGGAGGAAGCAUCCAAGGUUGCACAAAGAGCUGCAGAAGCUUUACGUCAAUCACGAAUGCUCCGAAGCCACGACAGCGUCUCUGUUCCUACAUGGACAGGAAGGUCUGGAGCUGCUGGUGCACCAGCAUCUGUUAAGCGGAAAUUUGGUUCAACUGUGAAUACCCAGUUGAUAAAAAAUAACAAAGCAUCUGAUGGAUCACCCAACAAUGGAACUAAAAAAUUGAAUGGAUUUGCUGCUGGAGCGACGUCCGGGAAGGCAUUAUCUUCUGCUGAACUUUUGGCAAGAAUUCGAGUUAACCAAGAUAAUGCCAUUGGUGCUGGCCUCGAACAUCAAUUUGGUACAAGCUCAAGUUCAAUUAAUCAAGCAAGAUCUACAGAUGUCAGAUCUUCUAGAGCUUCUGAAAAUAUGUCUGGCUCGCAACCUGAAGUAUUAAUUCGUCAGAUAUGUACAUUUCUACAACAGCAUGGCGGCAGUUCCAGUUCAGCCAGCAUAGUUCAGUAUUUCAAGGACAGAAUACCCUCCAAAGAUCUUGCUUUAUUCAAGAAUCUGUUAAAGGAAAUAGCUACUCUGCAUAAAGGGCCUAGUGGAUCGAAUUGGGUUCUGAAGCCAGACUACCAAUAAUUAGCUACUAUGCCAAUACUUGAAUGCCAAAAGUGUACAAAACUGGUCAUUUUGGUAGAAAGCAUUCAAUGUGGUCUUGCAACGGCUUACUUUAGUACUUCAUUGUCAAGUUUUUUUGGGAUCGUGAAUGGUGAAUAGCUGUUUCUCCCGUUGGCUGGUUCUCAGCCUAAUUUUGUAAACUAAUCAGGGACAAAAUAGGUAGCCUUUUUUUCUUUUCGUUGCUAAGAAGAAGGCAUCCUUUUAUUGUAGAGAAAGUGAUUUUGUAAAGCCCCUUGCUUACUCUUCAACAAAAAAAAAAUGUGAUUACACUAAUGCUCUUUGUUGCCAACA